CAUACGCGUAUCGCAAAGACUGCGCGACGUUAGGCCUGUCUAACUUUUAAUACUUCUACGGUUUGCAAGAAAAUGAGGCGGUGGCUUUAGCUAGCAGGGUUGUGUGCGAGACAAUAUGUCGGGUGGGAAGCAGCAGCGGCUCCGGCCAACAGCUUCCGCGGAGAAGAGCGGCAGCAGCCAGUGGGUGAUCGUUGCUCCAGUAUCUGCUAUUGAUCUCCUGAAAAAGGCAGGCUCUGGGCCUUUGUUUACAAGGCUGCGGAAUCCAAGUACAGGACAAGCAGCCCUUUACUUGUUCAGUAGUGAUGCUCAUCAGCUGUUCGAAGUAAAAGCUUUUUGUGAAGAAUACCGGUCAUGGUUCAUAGGUCAAACUGUUCAGAGUGAUGGACGCCUGUUCUUUGCCAUACCAGUCGAUCCCUUAUAUUUUGCACUGUUCUUCCUCCUCAAGGCAGAGAAGGAGCAGGGAAAGUUUCAGCCACUGGACCAAAUUUUGAUGGAUGAAGAAUUUCCUUCAUGUGCAAUGUUGCUACAAUGCCCAAGUCUUUCACAGUCAAUUCGCCACAUUGCAGAAGAAAAAGAAAUAGGUUGCAGGAAAUUUUAUAAAUACAGUGAGGAGAAAACUCUGAAGUGGCUAAAGAAGAAGGUGGACCAGAUGGUGAAAGUUUUAAAAGACCGCAACCAACGUGUGGGUGGAAGGGUCCAGGCAGCUACCUUUAUCAGUGGCAAACCUAUCACUGAUGCCACAGAAGAGGUCUAUAUUCGCUAUGCACAUGGUCUAAUAUCAGAAUAUAUUCUUGAAGAGCCAAGUAUUGCAUUAGCUAAAUAUUUACGACUGCCAGAAAUUGCAUCUCCUCCAGCAGAGCCAGCUUCAAAAAAAAGGAAACUGUCAAGUGCACCUGUGGAAGCAGAAGAAGAUUAUACCAAGUUUAAUACCAGUGAUUUAAAAAGCAAAAAGGCAAACAGUAAGAUGUCAGCUGCUCAAAAAGCUCUCACAAAAGUUGAUAAGAGUGGCAUGAAAGCCAUUUCUUCUUUCUUUACUACCAAAACUAAAGCAACAGAAUGAACUUUGUGUUUAUAUCAUAGCUGUUUUUCUGCCUUUUUGUUCGAGACCAGCAUCUUUGUAAUCCUUCUUGGUUUCUGGAUACUAGAAUUAAAAUUAGUGUCAAAGGAAAAAAAAUGGUUCUGAUACGAUCUGUUUUGCUGAGAAAAUACUAAGCUUGUAUCAGAAUGAAAUAUUUUUACUUGAUAAAAUGUUAUCAAAACACAAUCAGGGCAACCUUCUGUAGUCCUCACUAGGAAAAGUGCUUUUGGUAAUUUAUCAUUCUCUUCAGAAAUUAACAUUGUUAGUGUAAGCGCCAGAUUAUCGUGUCAUGCAAUACAAUAAACUCAUGUCAGAAGUCAA